UUAAUUCUUACAUUGUUAAAAAAUAGAAAGAUCAUUUGAUUUCAAACAAAAUAGAUUUUAACGAAAUGCACGACUAUGGUAUACCUAUGAAUGAUAUAUCCAUAUAUCUUAUCGUGCAUAUGUGUGUGUGUGUGUCUGCGCGUGCGUGCGCGCGCGCGUGUGUGUGUGUGGGUGAUAAGAUACUCACAAAAUCCCUAUACAUAGAAAUUCCUUUCCUAAUUCACAUUUGAUAAAAACUGAUUUUAUGUUCAAGUUUCCAUUCCAUCUCCAUCUCGUAGUCUCACAUGUGUGCAGCAUUCUGCCGUACGUAUCUGCUUAUUAUUUUUCGCUGAGCAUGUAAAUAGUUUGUUAAUGUUAUAUUCUUUGAACGUUUUAUUGAAAUUUUCAUAGAGUAUUAUAGUAAAAUAACGUAAAUAUAGUAUUGAAAGCAUAUGUCAUAUGCUUCUUACAAUAAUUAAAGGUUAUAUUUUGAUUUUGAACGCAUAUCAAAACAUAGCCAUUCAACAAUUAAAUUUUGAAAAUAAAAUGGCAGAGUCGAAUAAACGACAUUCACAAGUUAAUGUAAAAGUGUGUGAUUUUAACGAACAAAAUGUGGAACAUACUGUACCUAUAAAUAUUUCCAAUACUACUUCAAUUAUUCGCAUUGUUCCUAAAACAGUAACUCUACCUCAUAACUCUUCACUAAAAACUUUCAUAGUCAAUUGUUCAAAUAAUCUACAAUCCAAAUCUUCGCUCUCAGCUAGUACUUCAAAUGGAACAGAUAAUAAAUAUGUAAAUAAAGAAAAAAUAGAAUCCCCUGUAAACUUAGUUUUCUUCAAUGAACCAUCUGAACAAGUUACAGAAACAGAAACCCCUGUUCAUGGAAUUAUUAUAGAAAAAUCAACAAUAAUUAAUGAAUCAAAGAUUAAUUUAAAAAGACAUUUAGAAGAUAAUGCUUCUAAAAUUCCAAAAAAAACAAGCAAAAUUCAUAGUGAAAACUGCUGUGAGAUUUGUAGAAAUACUCUUGAAAUAAUUCUACAAAAACAAGAAGAAAUCUUAAGGUACUUAAAAAAUACACCAUUAAAUUUUGGCAAAGACAUAAAAUUUGAUCUUUUACCAUCUAUGCCUUUUGAUGAUUUAAACGACUUUCUGGACUUUGACGAAUCACUUUCCAAUGAAAAUGUAUUAGAUCAAUUAAUUACUAAAUUACAAAGGCUCUUAGUCAGCGUUGACAAAAGGUCAAUAUCAAAUAUAUUAGGAAGCCUUAUGACAAAUGAUCUGUGCAAGAAAAUUUCUUGGAUUGGUAUAAAAGAUACUAUUGCAUUUCAAAAUACGAAUAUGGUUUAUCACAUUAUUAAUGUAAUACAAGACCAUCAUGGAAUUGAUGUAGAUAUGAUCAAGAGUUAUAUAGCAGAAUGGCUUCGCAGAUGCAGUGAUCGAAUAGCUAGUGAAAUAAGAAAACACAAAAAGAAAGUAGAGCAAUUGGGAUCUUAUGAUACAUAGCAUGUAUGAUAUAUGAAAAUUAUAGUUACAUUGCAUACUGUACCAAAAUGUAA